UAUCUCUCCUUCCCUAUCUACUUUCUCCUUAUCUGUCUGUCUGUCUCUGCUUCUCUGUUCUGUCUUCAUCGGUUCAUUUAAUCUCUUCUCUGCCACUGUCGUUUUCUUUUUGCUGUUUUCUCUUCCCUCUGUUUACUUUGUCUGUUCUGUCUUUCUCACUCUUAUAUUAGUUCUGUCUUCCUCUGCACUCCUUUUUGCUUUGUCAUUAGUUUCUGUCUCCUCUCUUCUGUCGUCUUUCCUUUUCCUGUUUCACUAUUUGUGGACUUUAUCCUUCCUUCUUCACUGUGUUCUUUACCUACGCUGUAUCUUCCUCUCCCCUCUUUUUCCCUUAUCUUCUUAAUUCUCUCUCUCUGUUCUGAGUUAUGGGGAAGACAGAGUUGUACUCUGUGUAUAAGAGCUUUCUGGACUGUAUCUGCCUCUGCCUCUCUCGGAGCAGCAGUGAGGGGCCAGGGAAGAAUGAGAAGGCCCCUGACAAUGGUCACCUGGCCUACCAGAAUGGAGACGUUCUACAAGAGAGAUAUGAGGUUAUCAGUCUGUUGGGAGAGGGCACUUUUGGGAAGGUGGUGAGGUGUGUGGACCGGCGCAGGGCUGGGGCACGUGUAGCUCUGAAGAUCAUUAAGAACAUGGAGAAGUACAGACAAGCUGCUAAACUGGAGAUCAAUGUCCUGGAGAAAAUCAACAAGAAAGACCCACACAACAAACAUCAAUGUGUUCAGAUGCUGGACUGGUUUGACUACCAUGGUCAUGUGUGUAUCUCCAUGGAGCUGCUAGCCCUCAGCACUUUUGACUUCCUGAAGGAGAACAACUUCCUGCCGUACUGUAUGGAUCACAUCCGCCAGAUGGCCUACCAGAUCUGCUUCGCCGUCAACUUUCUCCAUAUCAACAAGCUGACCCACACUGACCUCAAACCUGAGAACAUCCUGUUUGUCAACUCUGACUACACCCUCACUUACAACGCUGAGAAGAAGCGGGAUGAGAGGAAAGUGAAGGAUACAACAGUAAGGCUGGUGGAUUUUGGCAGUGCCACGUUUGACCACGAACACCACAGCACCAUCAUAUCUACACGCCACUACCGUGCUCCUGAAGUUAUUCUGGAGCUGGGCUGGAGUCAUCCGUGUGAUGUCUGGAGUAUCGGCUGCAUCCUGUUUGAGUACUAUGAAGGCUUCACCCUAUAUCAGACCCAUGACAACCAGGAGCACCUGGCCAUGAUGGAGAGAGUACGGGGACCUCUCCCCUCUACGAUGAUCUGCAAGACCAGGAAGCAGAAGUAUUUUCACUGCAGGCGUCUGGACUGGAACGAUAACUCCAAGGCAGGACGAUACGUCAAAGACCACAUUAAACCUCUAUGGAGAUACCGGUUAUCAGAAGCUAAGGAGCAUCAUCAGUUCUUUGACCUGUUGGAGAAGAUGCUGGAGUACGAGCCCUCCAAACGCCUCUCUCUCUCCUCCGCCCUCCGCCAUCCCUUCUUCCUACCACUCCGUAGGGGCAGCAAGGCCUGGGAGAGCACCCGGAACAUCUGCCGAUGACCCCUGACAUUUAACCCUUGACAUGGAUGCGAGGAAGGACAGCCCAACCAUGUCAUACAACGUGCAGUUGUAAUGUGUCAGGAAGUUGUGCUUUGUGACAAAUUGGUGUCCGGAAUUCCUGUGCAUUAUGAGGGAAAUAGGAUAAUCUGACCUCAGUGUCUGGGGAAAAUGUAUCCUUCUCCACCUUUUAACAUAAAAAAUGGAAUGGAGAGAGAGUCUGUCACUUCCCUUUAGGGUUUGAUUCAGUGGAGGCUGCUGAGGGGAGGACAGGCUCAUAAUAAUGGCUGGUACGGAGUGAAUGGAAUGGCAUCAAACCAGGUGUUUGAUGUAUUUGAUACCAUUCCACUCAUUUCGCUCCAGCCAUUACCAAGAGUCCGUCUUCCCUAAUUAAGGUGCAACCAAUCUCCUGUGGUUUGAUUGGCAGUCUCCUUAUGCUGAUUGACAGCUUCGCUGCACAGUGGAGGCGGGCCUAGUGGCAGUGAAACAUGCAUUAUGUAUGUAGAGCACACUGUUUUAACUGCAGCAUAUUACACACACACACACACACACACACACACACACACACACACACACACACACACACACACACACACACACACACACACACACACUAUCACAGUUUUAUUUUUGUAACGCUGUAACUGGAGAUUGUUGUUGACACUUUUGUUUAUGAGUUGUAUAAACUGUUUAUUAAUCUAUAAUAAUGAUCUCUUCUACUGUUGCAUUUGCAUAGAUGGGCUCAUUGCUCGCUACAACACACACACACACAACGGUUUAUUUAUGGUGCUAUAAUAAUAUGAACCCUUCUACUGAUAUAUAUCCUACUAGCUGAAUCACACCAACACACCACCCUGUGCACCAUUUGGACCCUGGCCUCAGAAUUUGAUUGAGUGCCAGUUUAGUAGGGAGCAUGGUCAUAAGGCUAUAUACUGUAGGUAUGUGAGAGAGGGAGCGAGCAAGUGGAAGAGCGAGAGAGGGAGCGAGAGAGAGGAAGAGAAAGGGAGCGAGAGAGAGAGAAAAAGAGGGAGGGAGCGAGAGAGAGAGAGAGGAAGAGAGAGAGAGAGAAGAGAUAGUCUUAACGAGUUUUCUUUCUUCAGCCUUGGCAGUGCUGAGAGGUGGCUUUAAGGCAGUGUGUUGGUGUCUGUCUGUAUGAGACCCUUCUUCCAGAAUGGUGUGAGUUACUUGUAGGGCUGUUGCGGUUAUCCGAAUGUGUGUGAGUGCGUGUGUUUUCCCUUUUCUUGGCAGUGCUGAACGUAAGCUCAGUCUGAAAGUCAACGUACGGUGUUAAUGUGUGUAAAUCAGGUCUAACAUUAAAGUUGAGUGAGACCUCACCGGUCUCUAUCUGAGUGUAGAGAGAGACACUGACGGAGGAAGUGUGUGUGAGUCAGCGUGUGUGUGUGACCGAUUAUUAGUUGCAUGUUUGGACAGUCUUCUUUAUUCUCAUGUGUUUUGAGUGUGUGAAGCUCACAGGGGAAGCACAUGUGUGUUUCCCAUGUCUCUGUGUGUCUUGUCAGUGAGAGCCGUCUCAGACUGAGUCAUGCUAAUUCACACACACUAACAUUAGACAGCCCUGUUAUUGUACUGGUCUGAAAGGAAUGACCUUAGUACAUCCCUGACCUGUGUGUGUGUAUCAGAGAGAAAGAGGGAGAAACAGAGUGUGUGUGUGUGUAUCAGAGAGAAAGAGGGAGAAACAGAGGGUGUGUGUGUGUGUGUGUGUUUGUGUUCUGGUCAGACUGGCCGCCCUUCACAUGCCGGACACUGAUCCACAGUGGAAUCCCUUAAGUAGCGGAAUACGGGGAAUGGUUUCAAAUACAUUAAACACAUGGUUUCCAUGUGUUUGAUGCCAUUCCAUUUGUCUGUUCCAGCCAUUAUAAUGAGCCGUCCUCUCAGCAACCUCCACUGACAUACACACUUUACACCCUGCUAACCGUCCACCUUCCUCCUGGCUAUAAAUGGACUCACUACCACUCCUGACCUACUGGACUCUUUAAUGUCUUGCUGUCCCAUGUGUCCCUGUACUCUGUUUUACCCCCCCAGUCCCUC